GCACAAUGUGCUGAUUCAGCCUGAUUAGAUCUGCUUGCAAGUUGCCAGGCCCCUGCAAAAGCUUUUGAGUAUCAUUUUGCUAGCUAUGUAGCUGAUGAAUGGUGGUGGCGAUUUGAGGAUCAGGAGGCGCAGGAGGGCAGAAAUUUGAGGUGCUCUUAAUUCUUCAGCUGCGGCUUGUCUUGUAUGUUGAUCCUUAAUGGCUCCUCAAAAUCAAUCAAGCAGCAUUGGCGGUCGGUGAGCUACUCGCUUGCGGCGGACCAGACAACAGCUGAGCUAAGGCCAUUAGUUGCAUGUUGAAAGAACGCCAGCCAAACGGUGUUGGGUUAGCACCUUGAUUAAAUCUCUUACCAUCAGCAUCAGGUGUUGCGCUCUCUCUCCCUCCUUCUCCGGCGUUGCUUACAUCAAGAUCCAUGAGUAGAGGGUAAAGUGAGUCAAUGUGUUGAUGGGUCAGAACUCUGAGACCAGGGUCUAAAACAGUACACUGGUCGCCGGAGGUGUUGUGGUUGAUUGAACUACAGAGGUGUCAAAGAACUUUUUUUGUCAGUUGAGGAUGGGGCGCAGGAAGACAAAGUUGCCAGUCGGUGGCAUUCAGUUUGUAUCUAAUCAGAUAGGCUCGCUUGUCACCCUUGAGUCGCCGCAUAGUGUUGUUGAUGUUGACAAGCUGCACAGCCUGGACAGCAAGGAUUUUGGCGCUGGUCAGCUGAUGGGGGACCACUCAACAAUCAGGUUUCAAGGCGGUGCUCAAGGCUCAAAAGCAAGGGCACAGAUUCAGCGGUUGGAUUCAUUGUGGCACAGGAACACGAAGCUGAUAGAUGAUAGCCAAAGGCUAAUGCUAGAAUUGCAGUCCCUCCCAGCCCCAUCCACUUCAGAGGAGACCACCGAGGUUGCAACCAUCACUACACUGAAAGAGAUAUUGCCUGCCCCGCUUCCUGUCGUCAUUGAUGCCUGGGAUCAGAGGCCCUCCUUUCUCAAGUUUGGAGACAACGUAGGCACCGGCGACUCUACAAUACGCGAAUCUCUGGCAAACGUCGCUACAUCCGCCCCCUUCCUGUACAUAGGCCUCAACACGCCACGGAACAACACAUACAAUCGAAUAUACGCCCAAUCGCUUAUGGGGGUGGGGGUUGCGUCAUCAAUGUACCACACCUCUCGAGGCGCCACCCGCCCGUUCUUCAGGUGGUGUGACUACGCAAUGAUUGGUGCUUCGUCCAUGUGUAUGAGUAAAGCCCUGAACCCGGGUCUUUCAAACUGGUGGCUGCUGCUGUCGGCGAGCCUGCUGCCAGUUCAGCCCAUGCUAGUUACUGCCGUGCACGCGGCUGCCAUGGAGGUGAAAUUUGCUAGGCGGAGUCUUGCACAACCUGACCGCUACCAGAAAGCCCAUCGCAUGCAUGCAGCCUCGACGUUCUUAGGGUGUGUCUGCUUCCUUGCGGAAGAGGUGUACCCUGAUGUACCAUUCAUUCAUGCUGCUUGGCAUGUUGCAGCUGCCUUAGCGAUUCACACGAGCAAUGCUUUGUUGAAGUGAAGUAUCGAGUCCUCGGAUCGUGUUGAUAAGAACACGCGCACUUAGUCUGCUACGAAUCAAGAAUUCGCGCAAGCAAGCCAGACCUCAUUAGAUGCCUCCAAAUAUCGCAACGGCCUGUUCAACGCCUGUUAGUGCUUGCAGUAUAGGAAAACGAUCUGGCCAGCCGGUAAAGAUAAUAAGAAAGUGGAACGCUGUCACAAUCAAUCUUCUCUUUCUUUCAGACUUUUAAGCUAUUACAAUGAAUCGGUAGUGGUCGGACGCGUUCUUACAUACCAAUUGCUUAUAUGAUGGCUAGGUCACUUUAUGAUUACAAUCAGCUCAAUUGUAAUUGGUAUGUAAAUACCCAACGUGAACCUGGCAGUGGCU